UCCAGCUUUCCUGGCAGAAGCAUCAGUGGAACUAGGGUCUAAGUGCAUUCAGCACCUUCCUAACUCGUCCUUCGCUAUCCUAUUUUUCCUCCUUAGAAGUGAACUGGAUUUAAAAAAAAGGCUCCUAGUUGAAUAGUCUUUCUGUUUAUUAUUCAUCAUUGAUGAGCUGAAGAUAGGCAUCAACUUCGCUAUCAACUGAGUACAUCUGUUCAGAGCUACGGAAAACCAGAAUUCUCCAUCAGAGAUUUGUCCAACCAGUGCCAUGUCAAACUUUGUAGCUCCAGAAACAAAAACAUUUGCUGCUUGGGACUAUGUUGUUUUUGCAGCACUAUUUUUAGUAUGUGCUAGCAUUGGAGUCUUUUUUGCAAUUAAAGAGAGGAAAAAGAAAACUUCAAAGGAAUUUUUGGUGGGUGGUAAGCAGAUGACAUGUGGACCAAUAGCUUUCUCUCUCACAUCAAGCUUUAUGUCAGCAGUAACCAUUCUGGGGGCACCCUCCGAAGUUUAUCGCUAUGGGGCAUCCUUUGUUCUAUUCUUUCUUUCAUACACGCUUGUCAUCAUUUUCACUGCCGAGUUAUUUCUACCUGUAUUUUACAGAUCUGGCAUUACAAGCACUUAUGAGUAUUUGGAAUUAAGAUUUAACAAGAUUGUUCGUCUUGCUGCAACACUGAUCUACAUCCUGCAGACGAUCCUUUACACAGGAAUAGUGGUUUAUGCUCCAUCACUGGCACUCAACCAAGUCACUGGAUUUGAUCUCUGGGGCUCUGUAACUGCAACAGGAAUUAUCUGCACUUUCUAUUGCACUCUGGGAGGAUUAAAAGCUGUUGUCUGGACAGAUGCAUUUCAAAUGAUUGUCAUGGUGGCUGGCUUUGUGGCAGUUUUGAUUCGAGGAACUGCUCUGAAUGGUGGAUUGAUCAAGAUUUGGGAAGAUGCCAAUGAAGGAUCAAGACUAAACAUACUUGACUUUAAUGUAGAUCCUUUGAGACGACAUACCGUCUGGACAAUUGUUAUUGGGGGAACAUUUACAUGGCUAGGGCUCUAUGGAGUUAAUCAGUCCACAAUGCAGAGGUGCAUCUCUUGCAAAUCAGAAAAGCAUGCUAAACUGGCACUUUACCUGAAUUUAUUGGGACUUUGGACAGUUCUGGUGUGUGCAGUAUUUUGUGGGUUGGUGAUGUAUGCUCAUUACAAGAGUUGUGACCCUUGGACUGCUGAAUUCAUUUCAGCACCUGAUCAGCUGAUGCCGUAUUUUGUUAUGGACAUUUUCUCUUCGAUGGCAGGAGUCCCAGGACUGUUCGUCGCCUGUGCAUUCAGUGGAACAUUAAGCACAGUAGCUGCCAGCAUCAACGCUUUAGCAACUGUUACUUUUGAAGACCUGGUCAAGAAAGGUUUCCCAAACCUCUCCGAUAAGAUGAGUACAUGGAUAAGCAAAGGCUUAUGUAUAUUAUACGGCAUCCUGUGCACUUCAAUGGCUGUAGCAGCAUCACAGCUGGGAGGAGUUGUGCAGGCUUCCCUCUCCAUUCACGGGAUGUGUGGGGGCCCCAUGCUGGGAUUAUUCACUCUGGGAAUUGUGUUUCCUUGUGCUAACUGGAAGGGUGCUAUUGGAGGCCUCUUAGCUGGAAUCACCUUAGCUUUUUGGACUGGUAUUGGCUCUUUCCUUUACCCUGCGCCACCUACAAAGUCCAUUCCUCUGCAACUGUCUACUCUUAACUGCACGCUGGCUAACAGCACUGAGAUGCUGACGACAACGGCAGCUCCCACAGUGGCUCCAGACAGGCCUUUGCUGGCAGAUACCUGGUAUUCCCUCUCCUACCUGUACUUCAGUGCUAUUGGCUGUCUAGGCUGUGCCAUCACAGGGCUGUUGAUAAGCUUUAUAACAGGACCUCAUAAAGGAGAGGAUAUCCCACCAGUGUUAAUUAAGCCAGUCUGUAAUCCAUUUUGCUUCUGGUCCAAAAGACUCAAGACUUUGCUCUGGUGUGGUGUGCAGCAUGACAGCCAGGAGGUGGAUUUUGGAAAGAAUCUGCCUGAAGUUAUGGCAAAUAAAACUGGAACAAAUGACACCUUCAAGAAUAAUAUCAUCAAUGAAAACAAAUGCCAGUUCCCUGGUUACAAUCCUGAGGAAAAAUCCUAUACUAAUAUGAGCAGAGAAUCUCGCCUCUAGAAACUGAGGGACAAGGGAUAUUUAAUCAAACCUUAUUUCUCCAGCUUCAGAAAUGAAGAGCUCUUUUUAUCACAUUUACCAGUCUGUAAGCCAGAUUUUUAUUCAUGAAUUUUAUGACACAACUGUGGAAAUCAUCAGUCAGUGGGGUUUUGGAAGCACUGUUAUUUCAGAGGAAACGUUUCAUGAAUCUUUUCAUGGAAGCUCCUACUUGGAAAUAGCUGUAAUAAAUCUGUAUUACACGCUCUGUUCAGUAAAUAGUCAUUGACGGGAAACAUGCAAAGGUGAACUUGAGAUAACACAAGACUUCAGAUAAGCUUCUGAGGCCUCUCACUAAAGUGAGACUGUGAACGGCCCUCAGAUGGAGGGGGGAGGUCAGGCCGAGCUAGUCUGUGCUUAUUCCUGGGAAUAGCAGAAAGCCUCCUUGCAGGAACGUUGCAUAGACCAGACUGGUCUGUUAGCGACCAAGUUAAUCAUUUCUGCUUCCUCUGUGGAACUUGGAUCUCUUUGUUUUAAUGUAAAAGCUACAGGAGAGAGUAACAAAUCUUACCUUGAAUUCGGGACAGUUCUUCAUGUGUUAGUCUUGGAAAGACAUCCUUUCAGCUGAAAAAGAUCCAUCUA